GUUAUAAUUUGAAAUACGAGUUUUUGUUCUCUGACAGACUCCCGCCAGUGCUACGGUACAUUUUUCAUUUUUCAAAUCUAACCCUCCGCCGGCACACGCAGAGGGAGUCCGAACCAGUCUCUGAAAACAAUUUACUAAAUAUCGAAAGAUUUAUUCUAAAGGGCAAAUUAUGCCCUAUUUCGCAGGAGUAGGCCUAAGUGGCAUUCAUUACCAGGAUGAGAGGAGCUAAGCAAGUGCCAACGUGGUGCGUGACUCCUUUAGAAGGGGAGACUGGAAAGUGGAAGCUCGUGAGAGGAGAGAAUUUUGUGUCUAAAAAUGGCGGCGCUAUUCCAGAUGAGGAUCAGAACAGUAUGCCUUCGCUCGCUGAAUUAAUCGCUAAAGGCAAAGCAGAAUUCUGGAAAAACCCUCUGGUUUCUCUCCAAGCAAAAUCUCAAGCAAAUCAGGGAAAGGCGUACCAUCCAGUUUUGGCAGGCUUUCAAACAUCUUUGAAGGAAACCAGAUGUGACAGAUCUUCUGUGAAGGAAAGUAGAUGUGAUGGAUCUUCCUUGAAGGAAAGUGGAUGUGAUGGAUCUUCCUUGAAGGAAAGUGGAUGUGAUGGAUUUUCACAAAGACCAAUUACCCUGCAGAUGACCUCACAUUCUGUUGACAUGCCACAACUAAAUCCUUAUCAUUCAGAGUUCCUUGUCAAUGGACAUGAUACAGAACAUGGACAAGAUUAUUCUAGAAAAUUUGUAGUAGAGCAGGAGUCAAACCUUAAUGCCAGUGACCCACAGAUAUCUGCAAGUAGCUCACCCCCAACUGGUAACACUGCUGAAAUAGGAAAGUUGUGUAAGAAAUAUAGCAGGAAACGACCAGUGUUCAAGUCAUCUUUCAGAAACGAAGAACUGAAAUUUAAAAAUUUCUCAAAGCUUGAUGUGUUGAAUAAAGCUAAGCCUAGUGGAAAUUCUAGUGGAGAUGGUUUGACUUCUUUAAAAGGAGCUGGUGAUUUUACUGGCAUGUUUAAGAAAGCUUCAGGAAAAUCUGUCAGUAUAUUGUCUUCGUCCUUGGAAAGAGCAAGGGCUCUUCUUGGUAAGGAUCUCGGUGCAGAAUUAAUUAAUCCUGGAUGUGCCGAUCCUUCACAGAAUAGUGAAGUUAUGGGGCUGUUACCUACUGCUUCCAUAAUUCCUCCAGCUGUUACGAUUCCCUCUAUCAAGAAUGCAGAGUCUCUUUGUUUUGAAAAUCUUACAUCAGAAGUAUUGGAAUCCCAGAGUGUGCCAGUGCCCCAUGCUGAGAAAAAGAUAAGAUUUCAAACUACUGAAGGAGAAGAUCCAGUAGUAGUUCCGACAUGUUCCAUCACGAGACCACAAUCUGCUAUUUGUGGACAUCAUACUUUGGAGUUAUUCAAAUCACAUGACAAAUCUGUCCCCCAAACAAUGAAUAAGGAUAUGAAAAUGUUUGGCGCUGCCAAAGAGAAUCAUGUGACAGUGUUGUCUUCUCUGAGUCAGACCACAUCAAAUUUUGAAGUUGGCACAGGAAAUCCUGUAAACGUUUCCUCUUUGUCAAUGCAGGGAGCCAGAAAUGAUUUGGGGGAAGACACGUCUUUCACAUUUUCCGAAUUACAUACUAGAUCCAAGUCACAGACCAUAAAUAAGGCAACUGCAAUUUUUCAAACUGCUUCUGGGAAUCCAGUGACAGUGCUUCCCUCAUCCAUCAAGAAAGCCCUUGCUAUUUUUGGGAAGUCAUCAACAUCAGACUUACAUGAGUCAGACACUGGGUCCACUCCGCAGAAGGCUAGCAUAAUGUUCCAGACUACACCAGGAAAUCCUGUGUCAGUACGAUCUUUGACUGAUAAGAAUGCAAAAAAUAUGACUAGUAAUGAACCUUUAGAAACAGUGGAUCAUGACAAGCCAAAACCAAUGGUUAAUACUUCUUCAGAAGUGUUUCAAACUUCCACAGGAAAUUGUUUAAAGACGUCUUUUGCUGGUAUAAAAAAUUCAGAGACUAAUGUGCAAAAGGAAAAGGAUAUCCAAACAGGGAAAAAUAAUAAUGAGAAUGCUUUAAGUUCUAACAAUGGAAUUUGUCGAACAUCUCUGAUCUUUCAGACAGCAGCUGGAAAACCAGUGGUGGUGUCAAUAUCUUCAGUGAAAAGGGCCUUAUCUAUUCUUGGUGAUGAUGACAACCUAGUUGUCAAUGGAGGCAAUGAUACCACUGGAAGUUUUGAAAAUAUCAUUGAAAAGUCUGCAGAAGCACUAUUGCCCUCUUAUAAAAGAGGAGAAACUAUUCUUGGAAAAGAUAGAAGGGAUAUAAGCAAGGGAGAGGAUGGUGAAAAGAAACAUGAACUCCAGUUGGGAUGUGCUGAUCAACCUAAAUUAUGUGACAGUGACAAGGCUGCCUUUGAGUUUGCAAAGAUUCCCACAAAGUCGAUAUCUGUAUCAGGUGAAACUGCAGAAGAAAGCAAUUUUGUUGGUCGUAAAACUCUUUCUCAUCAAUCUCUAUUUCAUACAGGCACUGGGAAGCCUGUAAAUAUCUCCAUGUCUGGUAUCUCUAAAGCUAAGGCACUUCUAGAGUCUGAAGGCACUGAAGCUUCUAUCACCAAUAAGGCUUAUGAGACCCAUGGGAGUUUUGCUAAUGUGCUUUCUGGUUCAGCAUUUGACCAAUCAAACUUUUUAUCUGACAGAGUUUCAACAAUCACUGCCAACUGUCAUAAUAUCUGCUCAAUAGGUAAGGCAGAGUCUGGAUCAAGUCAGAUGCAACAAUUUACAUUUCAAACUGCAGCAGGCCGAUCAGUCAAUGUGUCCACACAUGCCAUGAAACGGGCAAUGGAUCUUCUUGGGGAUGAAGCAAACAAUAGUACAGUGAGGAUGACGUCAUUGGGAAAUGCAGAAAAUAACACAGUUGUUUCUUGCGGACCACCUCCUUUACUAUUCCAAACUGGAGCCGGGAGAUCUGUUUCAGUUUCUAGUGCUGCCAUGAAACGAGCUAGAAAUAUUCUUGGUGAAAUGAGUGAUAUAUCCAGUGCUGCAACUGAUCAACAAAGAUCGAGUGAAGGCAUUGUCAACUCCUUUGCAGAUCCUGCAGGAUAUUCCAAUGGAGUUGUAUUAAACAAACAAAGUGUUCCUCAUCCCAAUCAUGCCUCCAGAGCCAUUUCCUCAGAUAUGAACUGUGGUCCGACUAAGUUGAAAAGAUUGAGUGCAGAUUUUGGCAAUGCUUUUGCAGGUGUUUCUCCUCGAACUCCUAGACAUUGCCAGGAUGCCGUGUCAAACAAAGAAAAUCUUCCCUAUGCAAAUCAUGUGUCCCAUGUGACAACUGAAGAUUCUUUUGGAGAGUUGAUAUUAGUUUCUGGGGAUUCUAGAGCAAAGAAAUUAGGUAAACGAAAAGUCUGCAUGAGUCCUUUGGCUGAAAUUUCCAAUGAAAGCCCUAUUUGUGAUUAUGAUAAUUAUUUGCAACGACCAACUGCAACUCCUACUGUGCAUAAGUCCUUGUCAGGAAGCAAGCGGGGGUUGUUUCGUUCAAGACGUGUUACUCCAUUCAAACAGCCUCGCCGUUCUAUGUUCUUGUCUCCUUAUGACAAAAUGCCCAAGUCUGUUGGUAUGGAAUCCAGCUUAUCUGUACAAUCCUUCCCUCAGGGAGCUCCAUGUGAAGUAAAGUUUCAGUUUUGCUAUCCAUUGUCCAAAAAAAGAAAGACAAUACAAGAGUACUUUGGUGGUCCUCCAGAUCAUCAGCAAGCGUUGUGGCAUUUGUCCACGGAAAUUCAGUCUAUGACUGCGGAUUCUGCUCAACAUUACAGUUUCUAUGUCAAGUGUGGUUCAGGUUAUGACAACUUCAUAGCCAGGAAUUUUUGGAAAAUGCUGCUUGAAUUGGGUGCUGAUCCACGGAAUGCUACAAUUGAAUGGGUGGAGAACCAUUACAAAUGGAUAGUUUGGAAGCUGGCUUGCAUUGAAAGAAGCUAUGCAAGACAAGCUGCAGGGAAAUUCUUAACCGUGCAAAAUGUUCUUGAAGAAUUGAAGUACAGAUAUGAAAGAGAAGUAAACCGUGGUCAUCGUUCUCCACUCAAGAAAAUUGUUGAAGGAGAUGCAGUGGCUGCAAGUACGAUGGUUCUUUGUGUUUCAGCAAUACGUGUAUGGCCCCAUCAAGAACACAAUGAACCAUCUCCAAUUAAGGAUUCAAUGGAGGUUUUGAAGGAGUCAGAGAAUCACAUUAGUAAUGGCAUUUCAAAACCAUCUGGUGAUAAUUGGGGAAAGAUAGAAUUAACUGAUGGAUGGUACUGUCUGAAUGCAAUUUUGGAUGAACCACUUUGCAAACAACUCUUGCAAAGGAAAUUAUUUAUUGGGCAGAAACUCCGGAUUUGUGGUGCAAGCUUGCAUGGUUGGGUUGGACCUUUGUCUCCCCUGGAGGCAUCUCGAACAGUCUCAUUAAUACUACAUAUAAAUGGAACAUACAGGGCCCAUUGGGCUGAACGCUUGAGCUUCUGUCGAGGCCUUCCUGUGCCACUGGCUUUUAGAAGCAUUAAAGAAGGUGGAGGUCCUGUUCCCAGAACACUGGUUGGAAUUACACGCAUUUAUCCAACUCUAUAUAAGGAGAGGCUUGCAAAUCGAGCAUAUAUUAUAAGGUCUGAACGAGCCGAAGACAAAACAUUGCAUGUGUACAAUGAAAGGCGCACACACAUUGUGGAGGACGUUAUGUUGAAAGCAGAGAAAGAGCAUUUCCAUUCAUCACUUGAUUCAAACAAGGAUGAAGGAGCACACCUUUAUCGUGUUCUCGAAAAUGCUUGUGAGCCUGAAUUGAUAAUGGCGGAUAUGACUUCUGCACAACUUGCUGCUUUUGCAGCUUAUAAGUCUAAACGAGAGUUGUUUUCUCAGGCAAUUAGGCAGGCUUCCAUAGAGAAACACAUUCAAAAGGCCCUGGAGAAUGCUGAUUUGGACUCCAGAAAGGUUACUCCAUUCAUGAAAGUAAGGAUAGUUGGUUUAACACACAAGUGUUUGACUAAAAUAAAGGAAAAAGGAGAAAAAAGAGGUUUGUUAGAACAGGAAGGUUUGGUCACAAUUUGGCAACCAACAGAAAAUCAUGUUUUCAAUCUUGAGGAAGGGGCCAUCUACUGUGUCUCUGGCCUUGUUCCACUGGGUGGCAAAUCAGGUGAUAGCUACAGUCAGAAUAUACUUCAAUUUCAAGCAAAUAGGUCGACAGUAUGGCAUCGAAUUCCAAUAUCAGUGUGUCAUAACUUUGAAUUUGUCUACAACCCAAGGAGUGCAGUGCAACUUUCGGACUUGGGAAGAGUUCCUUUGCACAGCGAGUUUGAUGUUGCUGUUUUUGUUCUACACAUUGGCGAACCAUAUACAUAUGGCUUGCGAAAAAGGCAGUGGUUGUUUACUUCUGAUGGUUCGGUAGAAUUAGAGAGUGGCAAUAAACAAUCAGAGAUCAUCCUUGCAAUUGACUUUUCAUUACCUUGCGAUUCAUUUAUUGCUCUUGAUCACUCUCUUGUAGGAUCCACAGUGGGAUUAUGUAAUUUGGUGAAACAAAAACGAGAUCAGAAAAACAGUCUUUGUGUUGCAGAAAUGACAGAAAUUUCUACACAUUCUGUAAAUUUUAAUGCUACUAAUUUCUGUCAUUUAAAAGCUGCAGCAGAGUUGACAAAUAAGUGGGCCAAAGUCUCCAUGCAUGCAGUAGAGAACCUCUUGGAGAGGGUGUCUAAUAUAAUUGAGAAUGCAACGUGAAUUACUUAACUGGAGAUAGGCAAUUGAAUGAUUGUAAGUAAACCUCAAGAAGCUGGUAUUCCCUACUUUUGUCCACGAGGUGGUUUUAUGUAUAACACAAGGGAAAAUCAUAUCCAUUUGGUGCAAGAAUUACAUUUGCAGAUUAUAUAUUGGCAUCUGUGAUGCAUUCGACCAUUUACAGAUGAUGUUUUAUGGAAUUUUGAACUGUACUGGGUGAGAGAAGCUCAUUGUGAUACCAUACCAUGUCCGCUACUCUCUUCUAUUAUCCAAGCAUUUACAUCUCACACGAUCAUCUCUAAGACUAUGCAGGAUUUGUUUUGAGAUGAGGCCUCAUAUUUGGAAUGAACUUCACAAAGCUGGAAAGCAAUGAGAUAUUGCAGUGCUGCACAUUUAUGUAAAAAUUGGAGCAACACAUAAGUGUAUUCAUACAGAAUAUGUAAAGAAUUUUCAUUGAGCUUAUCUUGUAAACUGAUCCUUCUGAACAAGUAAUCGAGUUGUAAGUGGUUAUUUACAAACAGUUUUCCUACAAGGUCUCUUCAAUUAAGGGGUCUAUAUAGUUUCUCCUAUAUGUUUGUAUCUGGACAUCUCUUUAAAUAAGAAAUCCGGAUGGUUUAUUGCAUCUCAAAGGUGUAGCCUUUGAAUCUUUUACUUAAUCUAAAUAUGUUCUUACUUUUUUCA